GGGCUUUGUACAAAAGAAUACAGUGAAUGGGAGCCGAGUAAGAGGAUGAAAACAAAAAGUCGUGAUUUUUCCCGGAAAACGAUAUCAUUCUGGCCCUGAGGAGAGGAUCAUUAUUACAUUGAAUACCUUACCGAAAACUGAUAAUUCCAUUUAUUGAUUUGUAUGAUUUUCAAUGAAAUAAGUAGUAAUUAAUUUUGAAAAUGAUUGCUGUCUUACUUAUUUUCACUUCGGUCUACCUGGCUGUAAGGAUUGCCAUGGCAGAACUUGUCCAAAAUCUUCAGAAUAUCUAUACCAGAUGGGAAGAACGAGCAAAGCCCAAGAUAAAACAUCUUGCAACAACAACAGAGAACUGUUAUUCUUCACAAUCACAGACAUUUAGAAGGAGAUUUAGUAACGAAAAAAAAAAUUCCAACAUGCAGGCAGGCCACCUUCUUGUAGGACAAAUGGUUAUGCUCAGUUUCGAUUAAAACAUUCUGUUGCUCACUUUCCGAAGUCUUAUGGUGUGGGCCACUUUAAGAGUGUUCCUUCCAUAAUGCCCAGGAACUCUUGGUUGAGGCCUUUUGUAGGAACUUGUUGUUCAAAAUGUGUUCCUAUCAGUAAGAUGAAGUUCCUUGAGGAUCCAGCAAUGACAUUAGGAAUUGCUAACAUCCUAUGUGUACCAACACAGAACAGGGACAAUGGACUGUUGACUAGAACAUUUCAUUAUGCAGCAUUUAUUCUGCAGAGAAAUCCUGAGUUUAAAUAUCCAGGAGUGAGUAAAAGAGUUAUCCAUAGUGAAAGGGUCCAAAAUGCUAUAGAAGAAACAGCAAGCGAAGAACUUUCAGAUCUUGGACUGGACAAUAUUCACAUGAUGCAAUUAAGGCAGAAACACAGGAGGAGAGCAAUAGAAAUUUUGAAACGAAUGAGAUCUUGCAUUUCAUCUUUACUGCUCAGAAUUUCAGGCUGGGUUAUUUACAAAAUUCUUGGAAGGAUUCUGAAUGGUAUUUAUGUGCAUAAAGGCCAAAUAGAAGCUCUCAGGAAAGUGAGUAAGAAUAAUGUGCCUUUGAUAUAUCUUCCACUACAUCGAAGUCAUCUAGACUACAUCCUUGUUACUUUUAUCCUCUACAUGAAUGAUUUGAGGGCUCCUCUGGUUGCUGCUGGUGACAACCUGCUUAUCACAUUUUUUGGGGUUUUAAUGAGAGGACUUGGAGCCUUUUUCAUCCAAAGAAAACUGGACCCUCAUAAAGGAAAGAAGGACAGAGUCUAUCGUGCCAUUCUCCAUUCGUAUAUGUCAGAAAGUAUGCGAGAAGGUCAUAGUCUCGAAUUCUUCAUUGAAGGAGGAAGAACUCGGACUGGAAAAGCUUCUUUGCCCAAAGCUGGUUUGUUGUCUGUGGUCGUGGAUACUGUUAAUGAAGGGAUUGUAGAAGAUGCCUAUAUUGUGCCUGUUGGUAUCAGCUAUGAGAAAAUAAUGGAUGGCAACUUUGUUCUAGAACAGUUAGGUAAACCCAAGAUUAUGGAAGAUUUCAAGCAUGCUGUGAAAGCAGUUUGGCGUAUUUUCCAUUCUAAUUUUGGUUCUGUUAGAGUUGACUUUUGUCAGCCCUUCUCUUUGAGAGAAUUCCUUAACUCAUCAAAGAAGUUUCAAAUGAAUCUUUCCCCUCAAUCCUUGGUUUCUGUUGAUCGUCCACUUCGCUCGACUCCAACAAGUGGCUUACUAUAUGGUACGGAUAUUGUAGUUGAAGAUUAUCGCCAGGUAGUAAAGGCUCUAGCAGAACAUGUUGUAUAUGAUGCCUUUCACACCACAGCUUUAAUGAGUACAAAUUUAUUGGCUUUCUUGUAUUUAACAAAGCAUCGUAAGGGUGCAACAUUUCAACAGUUGUGUCAAAGUUUAACGUGGUUACGAGGUGAGAUCAUCGAUCGGAAGCGAGAUGUUGGGUUUACAGGUGAAUGUUCUGACAUUAUUAGGCAUGCUUCUACUCUUCUGACUAAGAAUCUAGUAACAAUAGAAACAAUUGAGAUGGCCUGGUCUUCAGAGAAAGAAAAAAGCAACAUAAGAAUUGUCUUUCACAAACCUGUAAUUCGACUUCCUCAUGUUCUGGAGCUUCAGUAUUAUUCCAACUCUGUGGUGUCUGUGUUUUUAAUAGAAAGUGUUUUGGCAAAUGCUUUGUUUGCCAUUGUGGACAAAAAUCUUGAUUCAUGGCGUGGUUGUGAUAGCAGGUUCUUUGUAUCCAGAGAGCAGCUUGUGAAGAAAGCCUUAAUGCUGUGUGAUGUCUUGCAAUAUGAAUUCAUAUUCACUCCUCCAUGUGGUGACCUCUUCAGUGUUAUAAAUGAAACUGUUGAUCAUUUAUUGUCAAGUGAAAUACUAUUACAAAGUCAGAUGGUAGCUGGAGUAGGAGACCAUAUGGAGCAGGCCUGGAUGAAUAGAGUUGCUUCACAUAUGGAAUGGGAAGAGAGUUCAGAAAGUGAAGAUGACUUAAUUGUGAUCCAGGAUCAGCGGUUGCAGAUUAUGCUGAGUGAAGAAAGCCUAGAAACACUUCAGUUUUAUCGUUGUAUUCUAAGUCCUUAUGUGGAAUCUUACUGGUUGGCAGCAUCAUCAUUGCUAAAGCUAGUUCAAGUGGAAAAAGAAGAAAGUAUUUUCCUACAAGAAAUCCACAAGACAGCAAAGGAAAGGUUGCAGCAGGGACUAAUAGUUUAUGAGGAGUGCUUUGCAGCUAAUCAACUCAAGAAUGCUGUGAAGUUAUUUGAACACUGGAAGGUGGUAGAAUGUUACAUCCAAGACUCUGUGAAAUUGUAUUAUCUAAGUUCAGAGUACAAUUCAGAAGAAGCAGUAAAUGAAAUCAUUAGAAAAAUUGAAGAGUACAAGGUAUGAGGAAGAAGAUGUAUGCUGUAUUGAAGAUCAGCCUGUUCAUCGUAAAAAUACAAUAUGUUUAAUUAUGACAGUAUAUAAGCUACUAGUUAUACCUACUAAUACGCUUAAAGAAAACUGAGUAUGACAUAAAAGCCAUUAUGAAUUGUUGGAAUAAAUUAAGAAGACACCUCUUUUGACAUAAAAUCCAGUUGUGAUACAUUUGGAGAAAACUGAAUGAUACCAUUAUUUGAGCUGUGACAUAAAAGCCAUUACUGGUGUGUUUGGAGAUUUAUUGAAUAAUGUCACUAUUUUAACUAUGACUUAAAAGCUACUAACUAGUAAUAAGCUCAAAGGAAACUGAACAGACAUCACCUUUCUGGCCAGGGUAAAAAAUGUUGUUGCCAUUACUUAUUUGAUUGUCAUGUAAAGACCGUCACUGAUGUGGCAGGAGACAAUGUAUACACUGCCAAUAACGGAUAUCAAGAGAGAGAUGAGUUAUACUACUAUUUUAAAUGAAAACCAUGAAUAAUGGGUUAGUGUACAGUUUCUAAGUUUAGCCGUGAACUCAAAUUGAGUUUAGAGACACUUUAUAAAGAAUAUAACUUUCAAGGAACAUUAUGAAGAUUUUUUUAGUUCAGUGUGUUUUAUUCAGAGAACAAAUGAAUAUAUUUUCUUUUUAUUUUGUUGAAUAUUUUUGUUACCAGCACAAAUUCAGUGACAGAAUUUGAAUGCUUUUGCAGUUGUUGAAUUGAGUGUAAAUGAAGUUUCAACAUCUGAUUUCAGAUUUAAGCUGUGAGAAAAUUUAUUAGGUUAUGAAGAAUUUUCAUUUAGUAAAACUGUGAUAACUCCUUGUUAAAUGAUAUAAUGCAAAAAAAAAAAAUGUUGAUUUGACUAUUUACGAUAUAUUAGAAGUAGCUUUCUUAAGGUUUUUUUAAAAGUUCCUGAAAACUUUUUGAAUAGUAUGAGUUUUUGUUCUGUGUUAAAGAUAGUUUUUAAUGAAAUACAGAGAAACAUAAAAACAGCUAUUCUUUCAAAAAUGUAAAUUUUGUGGUUAAAAACAUUUGAUUUUUUUGAAGUAUUUAUUUUAUACUGUCAAUAACACUUCCACUACACUAAAUCAUUUGUAGAAUGAAAAAAAAAACGUGAUUUCGUUAUCAGUUUUCGUCUUAAGAUAUUCCUUGCAUUAUAUAACUUGUAAGUCCACAAAAAAAAAGAAAGAAAAUAGGAGUUACAUUCCAUGACAAUGCUUAGGAAGAAACAAAAAAAAUACUUUUCCCGUAGCACAACAAGUGAAGUUGGAAAGAGGUAGCAACUUGAAUAUACUAGCAUUUACAAAAAAUUAAAGAAAUGAAAGUUGAGAGAUACUUGUUGCAUGUUCUUUGUGAUCCCAUUUGAACUGCUGGUUCCAGAAGGGAUAGGUUUUUUGUGCUAAAAAAUCUCUUUAGCAUUUAUUUUUAUGUUGAAGCCAAAUGAUUUGUGGAGUUGCAUUUCAAACCAAUUUGUGAAAUGCAUGAAAAAUUAAAUUUCUAGUUAAAGUAAAACUGUAGUCAUAACAACAACAUAUAUUAUUUGACAUGUUAUAGAAACUUAGCAAUUUUCCCUUUUAGUUUUAGGAAGUGAUCUUUUAAAGUGACUUAUGAUGUGAAAAAUACCCUUAUGGUGGGCUUUAUAAAAAUAUUCCUCAGAUACUUAUGGAUAUUUUGAAUAAAUAAAAGAUACCAAACUAAUAAAAACUUUCACUAAACCCAGUAAUGACAUUAUUCUAAUUUUUGUGUGGAUAUAUUGGAUUUAAGUAUGAGGAAACGGUUAUUUGGAAAAUUGUGUUGUUUAGAUCUAAGGAAGCUCUAUACAGAAACAAGAGAAUAAUGUAGUAUCUUUAUAGAAUUCUAGCCAGUCUUCAAGAUACUGAAUGGCAAUGUUGCCAGUAUAGGUUGCUGAAAGAUAAUAUGACUAAAAAAUUAUAUGGACCUAAUUCAAUUAAUAUCCAGUUUUUAUCAAUAAACCUUUGAAUGAGUGCCACAAUUAUGAUAAUUUUUUGAGGCGAUGCUAAAUAAUGUUGAGAAUUGCAAACGAUAUACUUAUUGAUUCGUAUAUUAAAAUAUGACCAAUUGGCAUUUAAGAUCAUUUCAGA